AUGGAAUCACAAGACGUCGAUGAUAUUGUUGCGCAAACAUCUCGAGUUUUGGAGGAGUUAUUCAAGGCGUAUUCACGCCACUCCGAAUUCAUUCCAUCAGUACUUUGGUGUCUUCGAGUCUUGCUUACGGACGAGUCGUUCGAAGAAGAGUGCCAACAAGUGGUCAAGUCCAGCGUCGAUCGAUUGGCCGAAUUCUACUCAACGAAGCCUUUGUGGACACAGUAUAUGGUAAUCAAUGAGUUACGGCGUUUGAACAUUCCGGAACUGGCGGUUUUGCUGGGGAAUGCCUUUCGCACAGCAAGAAGUCAAGUAACUGUGCCACUUCGCCUCCUUCUCAAUGAUACAAUGCCUGCUGCUCAAGAAAACGAGCAAAUCUUUCCUUCGUAUGCUAUGGCCGUUGGAGAGAAUUCGUCGUUCACGUUAGGGGUAGCAGCCGAUGGACCUGUUCCUUGA